CAUGUCUGCAUCCUUCCAUGUCCCUAAUAGGCAAACAUGUCCACCUCCCAAACAACCCCACAAAACCAACCUCUCACAUGGUUUUGCUUUGCAUGUAUCGAAGUGGGCUGGAAGUGUCGGUAAUGGAAUUGUCUCUGGCCUUGUGUAUAUAUAAUCAACCCACUUCCGUUUCCCUCUACCCAAAGCAAGAUUAAGAUUUCAAUAGUACAAGAUCUAAACAUCUCUUUUAUUAGUUUAAUCAGCCUCAAGAUGAUCAGUGCCAAGAAGCUCAUCAAAUUGGCAAGAAAAUGGCAGAAAGUGGCUGCCAUUAGUAGAAAAAGGCUCACGUUUCCGCAAACAAUUAGCAGUCUUGAUUCAGAUGACUGCAGCACAUCAUCAACAGCAGAGAAGGGUCACUUUGUGGUGUACACCACUGACAAAAAACGUUUUGUGCUUCCCUUGGAUUACCUUAACAAUGAAAUUGUUAAAGAGCUAUUCAACCUAGCAGAAGAAGAGUUUGGAUUGACAAGCAAUGGACCCCUCACCUUGCCAUGUGAUGCUGCCUUCAUGGAAUAUGCAAUCACCAUGAUCAAGAAGAAUGUGGCUAAAGAUGUUGAGAAAGCAUUGCUGAUUACCUUAGCUAGCAAUCGAUGCUCAUCAUCUUUGAAUUUUCAUCAAGAUGUAACAAAUCAACAGUUGUCAAUUCUUAGCUUUUGAAAUGCAUUACAAGGUUUAUAUACACAUUAAUAAGUUAAUUAAAUUCCAGAAUUUUUGCUUA